UUGCAGCCGGUCUCCGAGCAACCGUAAACGUUUGUCAAUACGAGACGUUCAUCACGUUGUGGAAAAUAAUCAUUAGUUUGACCUAACGUAUUCUGUUGAGAAUGCGUAAUGUUUUUUUUAGAGUAAUUCAGACGAGAUACUGAAUAAGUGACAAUCAUUUGAAUUGUUGUCAUGUUAUGUUAAUAAGUGAAGGCGAAGGCAGGUUUGUGGUUUGCCGUGGAGAAGGAAAAUGAUAGUUGAAAGAUUCAAAUUGACUUGUGACAAACUUCUAUCGUACCAGCAACUCGCUUAUAGUUACUGUUACACUUGCAUCCCUCAGAAUGGCAAGGAUAUUCUCAUGUACAGUAAUGCGGACGUUGGGCAAAAGGCCUUGCUGUUCACGGGCCAUCACAGUGAAAUCACCUCCAUGACUUUUGGGAAAAAGAACUCACCUGUCCUCCUCUGUUCUGCAUCUGCCGAUUACAUUAUCGUUUGGAAUGUGGAAGUGUGCCAGAGAAGAGUGAGCCAAGGUCAAAUUGCAGCUGGGACGGUUAUCGGAAGUUUACCAGGUGAAGUGGUCCAUCUUUCCUUCUGCUUGUCUGAUGAGAGAGUGGCUGCAUGCUCUGGAGCCACUGUUUAUAUUCUCAGUUUAGAGAAAGAGGAAACAAUCUCGACAUUAACUGGCCACUUGGGACCUGUAACAUCAGCAGAGUUUUGCACGUGGGAUAAAAACAUUCUUGUCACCACGUCAGAGGACCGAACAUUCAAGGUAUGGGAUCUACAAACUGAAACAGUUUUCUACCAAUCGUUUAUACUGUCAGCUUCUCCGCUGCUCAGUGUGUUCUUCAUGAAGGAAAAUAGGCACAUAAUCUCCGGCUCCGCUGAUGGACAGGUUUGGUGUUUUUCUCUCCAUGCUGACUUUUCUUGUCAGCUAGUGACCAAAAUAGACCUUCACAAAAAUGAACAAAGACAUCAAGGGGGAGUGGGAGAAAAGUCAUCAGAAAUGGACAUUUCAAAACCUGUCCUCAAAAUUGUUUCUUUUGGCUCAUGUCAUGACAACAUUGAUGCAGAGAAAAAGGACAAGAGCUGGUUAUGCGUUGGAAGCACAGAUGGUCUAUAUGUAGUCAAUCUGGCUACAUCAGAGCUAGUGUCUGUUCUACAUUUCACAGACUAUCCCAAUUUGAGCAUCGCAAUGGCUGGGUCUUGGGUCUUCUCUGACACACCUAACAACUCUAUGCUGUUUUUAGUGAGCUCUUUGUUUACUCCCUGUGUGGGCCUGUUGGAGUUCUGUCUGGGUGAUGUGGAGAGAAUCCAGGCAGGGAGUCAAAGCUUUUCAAUAUUUCCAAGUUCCCCGCCACUGAUGGAGUCUCCCCUCAAUGCCGAGUUGAAGAAGAAGGAGCCCAAUCAUUUGAAGAAAAAAGGUGGUGUAAAGGAGCAGCCGCUUGUCUUCCACUCAAAGGUGAAAUCAUCUGGAUACACAAGCUCCCCAAGAAAGGUUAUAUUUUCACACCCCAAAAAAGCUCCCAAAAGUCAGUCUUCAAUGAAGACAAAUAAGAAGAAAGGUUUAUUCCUCAAAGAUUACCCAGACGACACUGCAGCACCGACAGUUCUUCGCGUCCAUCUAAGUAUUACAAACAAGCCAGUUUAUUGCCUCCAAUAUUCAGGUGAUGGAAAGCAACUCCUGUGUGGUCUUGGUGACAACUCUGUGUUUAUGUACAAGUCUUCCCUUCACGGCAAUCCAGCUGUCUAUACAGGACAUGACAAGCCAGUGAGCAGCGUGAGCUGGAGCCUAAAUAGGCAGUGCUGGUUAAGUGCAUCACAUGACCAGACUCUGCGACUUUGGACUCAUGACAUCCCAGAGCCUGCUGUUAUCAUGGGGAAAAAUAUGUUCUCUAAACCUAUCAAAGCUGCCCAGUUUUAUUACCUUGAUAAGUUUUUGCUUCUUGCAUCGGGAGACUCACUCCACUUGUAUUUGUACCAUGUGGAUGUCACACAUGAUGACAUCAAAAGAUAUCAGCAGCGAAGUUAUGUCAAACUGUCAGGUUGCUUUUCAACAUCCUCAGGAGCUGAUAUAACAGACUUGUCUGCUAUCAAUGAUUUCUUCGCCUACAUUGUUCUGGCAUGUGCUUCCAAUCGUUCCAUUCAAGUGUUUGACAUGAACAAAGGUGUAGUCGCUGCAGAGGUGCCUGAUGCUCACAGCAGAGCCGCCCACUGUAUCACACAAAACAAGGGCUCAAUGUUCAGCACACAGGCACCAGAAUCCUAUAACCUCUUCCUCACGAGUGCAGUCACGGAUGGCUUGAAGUUGUGGGACCUUCGCACACUUAGGUGCGUACGCCGUUACGACAACCAUGUGAAUCGCUGCCAUUCCUGCUCUUCCGCCAUUUCCCCGUGUGGUCGAUUCGUAGCGUGCGGCUCAGAGGACAAAUGUGCUUAUGUGUAUGACAUAAGAAGCAGCAGCUACCUUCAUAAGCUCCAGAGACAUUCUGAGACGGUGCUCAGUGUGGCCUUCAACCCCGCUACUCCACAGCUGCUGACCGGGACUCUGGAUGGGAAGAUAAGCCUGUUUGAUCCCAACAGCGGCAUCCGUCUAUCUCAUGACACCAGGUCUGCUGCACAAAACAUCUCCAGCAUGGCCUUGUAGUCAUAGGAUGGUUCUUCAAAGGCCAUAGAAAUCCAAACUAGGCAGUGUUUAUUUGUUUAUUUGAAGAAUGUUAUGUUCAUUUUAAUGUGGUCCCCUGUACAGUGGAUAUAAAAAGUCAAAGACCCCUGUUCAAAUGGGAACACCAAAAAUAAUUACCAGUAGUGUGACAUCACCUAUACAAAUUAAUUAACAAAAAAAAAGCAAUCUUCUAACAGAAACAUUGAGGGUUUUGUGCAAACAUAGACUGCUCUUUGGAACUGUUCAUAAUUCCCUCCACCUUGACUAAAACCCCACUUCUACCUGAUGAAAAACAGGCGCAAAGCAUGAUGCUUGUGAUGCGCACUGUUGUAUUUGUACAAAACAUACCUUUUGGAAUCAUGGCCAAUAAAUCGGAUUGGAUUGGAUUGGAUUGAAUAAGCUUUAUUGUCAAAUGCACUGUACGUGACAAUCGUGCACUCUUAAGCACUUUCCUGCAUAAACUUUGUUGUCUGAAGCAGUUAUAGAUGGAGGAGCAAAUCAAAGUGUCCUAAAUCCAACCUUGGUUACAUCAGUCUAUAAUGCAUUUUACCAUAUGUGGUUAGAAGAUUGAGUGUUUUUUGCUUUGGGUUAUUUUUUUUUUUUUGCACAAGUUUAAAACCAAGGUGAAACUUUUUGGCCAUAGUUCCAAACAGUACAUUUGGUGCAAAUACAACACCAUUCCUACUGCAAAGCAUGAUGGUGUGCGGCUGAUGUUUUGGAACUAGUUUUGUUCAGCUGGAACUGGAGUGUUAGUCCAGGUAGACGGAAUUAUAAACAUCUCCAAAUAUCAGUGAGCACAAAACACAGACUUCUGGUCGAAAAUAAAAUCACGUCAAGGAAAGCCGACCAGAAUGUCUUUGGGGUUAAUCAAACGCUCGUUAAAUGGUGGCAUGUUUGAGCUGACUCCCAUUUAACAUGAGCUUGAAUGUAAUUCUGAACAAAUCCCCAGCUAAACUUUUUUUUUUCGGUCCCAAUAGACCUGGCACAAGGACAGGGCUGUGUGGAUUUUUGCGCCAACCUUGUAUAUCAGGUUGUCCAAAAAAUAUCCAUCGAAAUUGCCCCAAUUUGUAUUUUUGUAAAUCCUCAGCUUGAUUGACUAUUUGACGUUUUCACCAGCCUAAUUGAACUCUAAAGUCUUGAUAUAACAUUUACUCAAUUAGACAUAUUUAUAACUAUAUUAGCCAAAAACAAUCCCAUCAAGUUGUUCCUAUCCGUUUACCCACAAUGAGCAUUGGGGCAGUUCAAGGAUCAAAAUGAUGUAGAACAGAUGUAGUAGUGCAUGGCUGGCUGUGAUCAGUACUAAGCACAUGAGGUCCAUGACGUCAACUGGGUGCAACCUGUGAGGCUGCCAGGCACACAGAUGCUGCUACUACUCGUCGUUAGAUUGGGCUCAAGCGUUUUCUCUCGGGCCAAACCAAAAUGUCACACCUGCCUGCAAGGGUUCACAAUGUAAGUUAACAUGCUGCAUGUUGCUAUGGUUUUUGAUGGAUAUAAAUAAAACAUUGCCUGAUCAUGA